CAUUAAGUUUGGAUAUCCUCCUAAAAGAUACUACUUGUCACUUUUGAUUUCUGUAUGCGCAGAGGAUGAAGACUGGAGAACAGCUGUGACUGUGGGAAAGAAUAUCAGCUCAAUAUAGGUUGGUGUUACAUCAAGACAGAAAAAGAAAUAAUUCUGAUUGCAGAACUUUCAGUGGCUCUGCCAAUGUAUUGCCCUCGAAUUGGCAGCUAUCCCUUUGAGAGUUUCAGUUCUCUGGCUGUGAUGUACAAUAUGCACCAUCAUAUGACAGAACAGCUUCAGCUGGCUGCGCUCCCAUCGACGAUUACUCACCCCUUGACACUUCCACGUUCAGUGUCAGCAGCAGAGUGCCUGGCAGAAUUCAUUUUAGAAGCAACAUAUGGAAACCAUCCAAAGUUCCGUCGCACCCGCACGGCCUUCACUGAGCAGCAACUUGAAACACUAGAAAAUGCAUUUCAGACAACUCAGUACCCUGAUGUAGUUACAAGGGAGAGACUUGCUAUGUGCAUUAACCUUCCAGAAGCCCGAAUUCAGGUCUGGUUUAAAAACAGGAGAGCUAAGUUUCGCAAAGGACAGCGUGGACAGCUGAAAGAUGAAGAGGCCUGUACGACAAGAACUCAUAAAGAGGAACAGAAAACAACAGAGAGCAAAGUGGUGGGCACAUCUAAACAACUGACAGCUGUGCUGCAUCCCUUUCCCACUGCAAAAAUCCAGGCCAGGCGUAGAUCAGAUGGAAGGAAAUCUACACAUCAGCUGUCUGAAGCUGAGUGGACUAAUGUCAAAGGCUAUGGUGAAAGCACUUUCCAUCACAUCUCUGAACCCACCACCACAGGUGGUGGGAACCAGUUCUGCAGUUGGCCCCAACUUCUCAACCAGGCAGCAAACUAAUUAACUCUUUGCUAUUCUCAUAAAUGUUCUCAUUAUUUAAUUAUGCCUGAAGGAGAAUGAAAACUCCCCCAAGGGGCUCAAUUGUCUCAUGUGGUUUUGUGAUAACAUUGUGGAGUACUGCAUAAACAGAUUUGUGGGAAACUGUCACAAGGUAGCAUCACAUUAAUAGUCCAAGGGUCUGAAUCUUAAAAUGCGUAACUUAAGCCUAUAGGUAGCACUUUUGUGAGGUUGUGCCCUUUAAAAAUGCUAAGUGUUUGCCAUUCUGUCCCAUUAUGUCAUGCAUGCUGAGGACUUGUUAACAUCUACUUUUCAUUCUUUACCACCCCAUACUCCUGCGAUAGAUGACGCAAGUUACUCAUUUUAUGCUAAGCUCUUUCAAGUGUUAGUGUGUUUGUAAGAGCACUACAGAAAUCAAAGACAAAAUUAAAUGUAACGUUUAUUUCUGUUCACAAAUUUCACUACUAAGAGGUGCCCACCUGAUGCUAGAGAGAUGGAAUUUAAAUGAGGGCAUUAAUGUCAAUGAGAUAGCUCCAUUUUCUAGAACUCCAUGUACCCACAAGAAAAAAACAUGUUUGGAUCCACUCUUAAUGGAGAAAAGGACUUCACAUUUGAGUGGCAUCUACCACUGAGAAAGAUACACAGAAUUCUGUUAUUUUAAUUUCUGUAUGUAUCAAACACAAGCUGCAGUUUAAAAUGAGCAGACAUUUUGCAAUAAGUUUGCACACAGAUAUUAAGAAGGACAUAAUGCUAAACCACAGUCGUCGUCACAUCAUAAGAAAGUGACUUAUAUGACUGCCUGUCUUGUAUUAUGUAAAUAAAGGCUGAGUACAUAUUGUAUUCUUUAGCUUUAUGUAAAGAUACACACAUUUCUAAAUAUAUAGAUACAUGUAUAUAUGCGUACAUACUCAUGUGUGCAUAACACACCUACACACAUAUUUAGGCACAAACACACACAGACAUACCUGGUGUAAAUAACAUGAGUUUUUAAGUAGUUCUAAUUUCUUUUGUUCACCUCCAUAUGCCAUAUGAAAGUGAUAUUCCUGGUUUGCUCCUACCACUGUGUUCAGUCUUGGUGUACAAUCUGAGAAAAGAAGACAAAAAAGGUUACUCUCCCUUUGUGCUCAAUCAGCUGUAAUCUUUGAUUUCUAGGUUCAACUGUGAACCCACACCUCUCAACCUGUUAGCACAAGAAAUCUGGACAAAGCCUAAAGUA